AUGGAGAACGACACGUUCGAGAUCACCGUGGUCAACAACCUCUUCAGCGAAGCGACGACGAUCCACUGGCACGGCAUCCACCCCUUCGCGACGCCCUACAUGGACGGCGCGCGCGGCGUUACGCAGGGUCCCAUCGGCCCGGGCGAGAACUUCACCUACCGCUUCGCCGCGUGGCCGCCGGGCACGCACUUCUACCACUCGCACAUGGACGCGGUCCAGGCGUCGCGGGGCAUCCGCGGCGGCAUCAUCGUCGACCGCGCGGACGACCCCGUGCGCGCCCGCUGGCCGGACUACGAGGACCAACUGGUCUGGCUCGCGGACGAGUGGCGCGACCCAUCGGCGUGCCUGAAAUUGGAGGGCGCGGUGCCGGGCAACGACGUCUGCGCGGACAUGCGCCACGCGUCCUUCAACGGCGCCUACGGCAACGGCUCCGACGCCUACCCCUACCCGCUGCUCCCCGUGAAGAAGGACACGUGCUACCGCAUGCGCUUCGUCCUCGCGGGGUCGAACACGGAGAAUUUGAUCGUCGCGAUCGCGGGCCACAACAUGACCCUCGUGUCGCUCGACGGCGCCUACGACGUCGAG